AUGGCUGAUAACAGAAGACGUAGACGUGAGAAUGACGAAGAUUCAGAUUCUGACAAUGAAAUUCCACCAUCUUCCCCUCAACCCUUAGGCAGAGCUGCCUAUGAUACUGUUUCUUCACCUAUUGGAGCUCCAGAUUCUGAUCUGCUAGAAAAUCCUGAAGGUGAGGACGAUGAGAUUCAAGAUGAUCCUGAUUUGGAUGAGUUAGAAGAGCAGAUGAAUGAAGUGGAUCUUAUGGGUGAUGAUAUGUAUGGAGAUUACGAAGCAGAUCCUGAAAGAGAUCGUUACGAUGAGACACACGUUGAUGAUGCCGAGCAGCAAGAAUUAUCUCUUGCUGACAGGCGUCGAAUUGAUGCACAAUUGAACCAAAGAGAUAGAUUAUUGAAAGAUGGAGCAUAUAUGGAUGAUGAUGACGCUGCAGAUGCCACACAACUAGAUGAAAUGGGGUUGCCCAUACAGAGAAGAAGACGAAGAAGGCAGUAUGAAGAUGUGGAUGCUGAUGAUGAUUUGCUGGAUGAUAUGGAAAUUGAUCCACUAACGGAAGAAUUAACACUAGAAUCCUUGAGUAAUGUGAAGGCUAACAGUUAUGCAGAGUGGAUUACACAACCCAAUGUUUCAAGAACCAUUGCUAGAGAAUUAAAAUCAUUUUUGCUGGAAUAUACAGAUGAGACUGGUCGCUCAGUGUACGGUGCACGUAUUAGAACACUCGGUGAAACGAAUUCAGAAUCUCUAGAGGUCAACUACAGGCAUUUAGCAGAAUCUAAGGCCAUCUUAGCACUUUUCUUGGCCAAAUGUCCUAGUGAAAUGCUGAAGAUCUUCGAUUUGGUGGCUAUGGAAGCAACAGAAUUGCACUAUCCAGACUAUGCUAGAAUUCAUUCAGAGAUUCACGUUAGAAUUUCUGAUUUCCCAACUAUCCACAGUUUACGUGAAUUGCGUGAGGCUAAUUUAAACACUUUGGUUCGUGUAACAGGUGUGGUAACAAGAAGAACAGGUGUUUUCCCACAAUUGAAAUAUGUUAAAUUCAAUUGUUUGAAAUGUGGAUCCAUCUUAGGUCCAUUUUUUCAAGAUUCUAAUGAGGAAAUACGUAUUUCCUUCUGUACCAAUUGUAGAUCGAAGGGUCCAUUCACAGUUAAUGGUGAGAAAACAGUUUACAGAAACUAUCAGAGGAUCACAUUACAAGAGGCACCAGGUACAGUUCCCGCUGGUCGUCUUCCCAGACACAGAGAAGUUAUCUUGCUAGCAGAUUUAGUUGAUAUUUCUAAACCAGGUGAAGAAGUGGAAGUGACAGGAAUAUACAAGAACAACUAUGACGGUAAUUUAAAUGCUAAGAAUGGUUUCCCUGUUUUUGCCACCAUUUUAGAAGCUAAUUCUAUCAAAAGAAGGGAGGGGAAUGCUUUGAACGACGAUGAAGAAGGUUUGGAUGUGUUCAGUUGGACCGAAGAGGAAGAACGUGAAUUUAGAAAGAUGUCGAGAGAUAGAGGUAUUAUCGAUAAAAUAAUAUCAUCAAUGGCGCCCUCCAUUUUUGGUCACAGAGAUAUUAAGACCGCUAUUGCUUGCUCAUUGUUUGGUGGUGUGCCCAAGAAUGUCAAUGGGAAACACGCGAUCCGUGGUGACAUUAAUAUUUUAUUACUUGGUGAUCCAGGUACCGCUAAAUCUCAAAUUCUAAAAUAUGCAGAAAAAACUGCCCAUAGAGCCGUCUUCACUACCGGUCAAGGUGCAUCUGCUGUGGGUUUGACAGCUUCUGUGAGAAAAGAUCCCAUCACUAAAGAAUGGACUCUAGAAGGUGGUGCGCUUGUCUUGGCUGAUAAAGGUAUAUGUCUUAUUGACGAAUUUGAUAAGAUGAACGAUCAGGAUCGUACGUCUAUUCACGAAGCUAUGGAACAACAGAGUAUAUCUAUUUCGAAAGCUGGUAUUGUGACGAGUUUACAGGCACGUUGUUCUAUACUGGCAGCUGCUAACCCUAAUGGAGGUCGCUAUAAUUCAACUCUGCCGUUAGCACAAAAUGUGAAUUUGACGGAACCCAUUUUAUCCAGAUUCGACGUUCUCUGCGUAGUAAGAGAUUUCGUUGAUGAGGAAUCAGAUGAAAGGUUAGCUGCUUUCGUGGUAGAUUCACACAUCAGAUCGCACCCAGAAAACGAUCCAGAUGAACUUGAUAGACAACGUGGAGAAGAUGGUGACGCAAUGAAAGAUGAUGGUAAUGAAGAUGAAGGUUACGAGCAUCUAACCGCUAGGCAACGCCGUUUACAAAGGCAGAGAAAGAAAGAAGAAGAAGUUUCACCAAUCCCACAAGAACUUCUUAUCAAAUAUAUACAUUAUGCCAGGACCAAAAUACUGCCAAAGUUACAUCAAAUGGAUAUGAACAAAGUGAGUAGAGUGUAUGCGGAUUUAAGACGUGAAAGCAUUUCUACAGGUUCUUUCCCCAUUACUGUUCGUCAUUUGGAAUCAAUAUUAAGAAUUGCAGAGUCUUUUGCAAAGAUGAGGUUAUCAGAAUUUGUUUCUUCUUGGGAUUUGGAUAGAGCCAUAAAAGUUGUUGUUGAUUCAUUCGUGGAUGCUCAAAAGAUCAGUGUACGUCGUCAACUACAAAGAUCGUUCGCCAUAUAUACUUUGGGUCACCAUUAG